AUGAUGGAUUUUGACGAGCGGGUCCCCGUCGGAUCGAACAUGUACUUGCCCAGUUGCACUUAUUACGUGUCGGCGGGGGCCGAUUUCUCUGGUCUUCCCUCGUUUUUGUCCCAGACCCCUUCCACCCGCCCAAUGUCAUACUCCUAUUCCUCCAACCUGCCGCAGGUCCAGCCCGUCAGGGAGGUGACAUUCAGGGACUAUGCGGGCAUCGAGGCGCCCGGUAAGUGGCCGCACCGGGGGAACUUGCCCCAGUGCUACCCGAGCGCGGAAGACAUGGUGCACCGGGAGUGCCUCUCUGCGCAGACCGCGGUGGUUGGUGACGUGUUUGGUAAAAAUAGCCCCUACCACCACCACCACCAUCACCACCACCACCACCAUGGCAGCGGCGGCGGGGGAGCAGCUGGCACCGCAGCCGGCUCCGCCGCGGCGGCGGCCGCCACUUUCUAUGGGAGCGUGGGCAGGAAUGGCGUGCUGCCGCAAGCUUUCGACCAGUUCUACGAAACGGCAUACGGGAACGCGUCGGAGAACCCAUCAUCGGUGAACACCGCCUUCUCAGGGGACAAAACGCCUGCGAGCAAGCAGCCAGAGCAGGCGCCGUCCUGCCGGGACUCCGAGGCGAAGGAGCAGCGAGAUGAGAGCAGCAGUCCAGAGCUUUCUUCCGGCAACAAUGAGGAGAAAUCCAGCAGCGGCAGCAGCAGCAGUGGGCAGAGGACGCGCAAGAAAAGAUGUCCAUAUUCCAAAUAUCAAAUCAGAGAACUUGAACGAGAAUUUUUUUUCAGCGUUUACAUCAACAAAGAGAAGCGACUGCAGCUUUCGCGGAUGCUCAACCUCACUGAUCGACAAGUCAAGAUCUGGUUUCAGAACCGGCGGAUGAAGGAAAAGAAGCUGAACAGAGACAGGUUACAGUACUACACGUCCAAUCCUCUGCUUUAGUGGACCCAGAAACGAGGAGAAGCACAUUGCUUCGGUUCCCCCCCCUCCCCUCCUGUGGGACUACAUGGGGUUUGUUCACAGACUCACUGACUUCUCCUCAGUGUACCUCGUGUGCUAUACCACAGUGGCCGGCGACGGCAGCAAUAACACUGCUAGAUUGUUAAUUUCAAGUUCGAGGACACCGAAUGUGCUAAUAUGAAGCAACGAUUCAUGGGCCACGAUUUUACGCAUCACACUGAUUUUGAUAAGAGAAAAAGAAAACGUAGAAACUGGUUUUCUUUGUGCGCUCCAGGUCUUGUUUUUGCCAAA